GAUCUCCGAGUUCGCCUUUGCCGGGCCCGGACUCCGCUGGCUGGGGGCCGAAUCCGGCAGCUUCCUGGGGGCGCCAGGUUUGAUGCUGCGCAGCUGGCAGGACUCCCUCAACGAGGUGACGCCCCGCUUGCGACUGGUCCGCAUUUCUGGGAACUCCACGCUUGACAAGGAGAUUGGCAAAUGUCGAGGUUCCUGGAUGGCGCAUCACUAUCGAAGAGCCCCGUUCGUGUCGACCAUCCAGCAGCAGAUAUCUCCAAUGGCAUGGAAGUUUGCCGCGAGCAGCAAUGCCAUCGCAGCUACCGCCAUCUUAGGCUUGGUCAGCGUAAUCUUCCCGCAGGAUGACGAUGCUCCGCUCCUCGCUGCCGCGGUGGCAGAGGCUUCUGUGGACUGCGCAGCCGUGUCGCUGCAGGGGCAGACCCAGGUUUCACCGGAAGUCUGCCGCGAAGAGAGAAGAGAGGAUCCGCCUGACACAGUUUAUGUCAAGCUGCAAGACGUGACUGAAACAAGUCUCAUGAAGGUCGUGAGUACUCUUUGCGAUGUCGCUCCGUCCAAAGUGGCGGAAGAGCUUUGA